AUGUCUUGUGAAAUAUAGCCUGUUACAGUUUGUCUACCCUUUUCUGCAGCAAACUACAAAUCCCAGAAUCCUCUGGUAUAAGCCAUACCACAUGUCUAAUAAAGGGGAGCAGGUGGUAUAGAGUCAUGUGAUGCUGUGAGUCUGGGCUGCUUCUGAUUGCUGUUUCUUCGUCUGAUGUGAAUGCUAAGGCUAAGUGCUCUUUGAAGGAAACAAAAUAGAGAUUACAACACCUUUAUUUUACUGAGCACCAAGACACAGAUCCACAAUGUCAUACGGAUCCAUUGACGGUGGCUCGUUUGGCAGCAGGAAUCCUUUUGGUGGUCCCACAAGGCAGGGCUACCAGCCAGUAGCUACACAGGUUAGCUCUUCAGAAUUACAAGAUGUGUUCCAAGAAACAUCUUCCAACAUCUUCCAAAUUAAUGCUAAUGUGGUCACAUUAGAGAAGAGCCUUCAAUCGUUGGGGACAUCGAGAGACACAGCAGAGCUACACCAGAGCCUGCACUCCAUACAGCAACAAACCAAUAAAGUCAUUACAAGCACAAGCCAACUCGUCAAACAGCUCUCUGACAUCAUCAGCGGCUCCUCUCGGCAAGACCGGCUGCGUCUGACCAGGCUGAAGACAGAGUUGUCAGAGUGUGUGCAGCGUUAUGGUGACCUGCAGAAGAAAAUUGCAGACCGUUCAAGGGCUUUGCUUCCUCCAGCAGUAAAAGACAGAAAACGGAGUCAACAGACACCAGUCACUGAGCUGUGUGAAGAUCCACUGGUCGGGCCAGCAGAGGACAUGGAAGGAGAUGAACAGCAGGCAUUCCUGUCUGAGAUCAGCGAGGAGGAUGUGGAAGUCCUGCGCCAAAGGGAAGAAGCUCUUCUCCAGAUAGAGAGAGAUAUGCUGGAUGUGAACCAGAUUAUGAAAGACUUGGCCAGCAUGGUGCAUGAACAAGGGGACACAAUAGACAGCAUUGAGGAAUACAUUCAGACUACUGCCUCACAUGUGGAAUCUGCUAACCAGGAGCUUGCAAAGGCCAGUCAUCACCAGGGUGUAUUCCUGUCUUGCAACCAGUAUUCCUGGAAUAUUGGCUCUGCAACCACUAUGACCCUGACCAGGAUGAUCAGUUGGUGAACAUGAAUGAAUAACUGCUAAGAAAUACAAAAAUGGAAUUCUUGAAUUAUUCAGCUUUUUCAGAUGAUUUUUUUCCCUGAGCAACUUAUA